AAUCAAAAUUCUCGACACGCCUUGGAGAGAUCUUUCCCACAAUUUGAGAUAUUGAUGAAAAUAAUUUCAAUAAUUUUCAGCUUAAUAUUAUAUUUCCAAUUUAACUAUGUUGCUGUUAAUAAAAUUAGAUAUGUUACCUUUCACACCAAUAAGUAACUUUUUAAUAUAAGCACCGAUAAAUUGUUUAUUUUCGUAUUUAUUUACCCCUACUACCAAACCGGUGUUCCUUGCCUUUUAUUAUAGGCCUACCUCACGCGUGAGACUAUUUGACCUCAUUGUUUGUUACUGUGUAUACAGAUCGAAUUCUUUGUGUUUCCCUCCAAAAUUUUCAAGAUGCCGCUUCUUCGGCGACAGCCAUUUCACAGAAUCAAACCACCACCCGAUAUCAGUCCAGAUGAAGAAGUGUUUCACUGUAAAUUAACAAAUGAGAUAUUCCGUGAUUAUGAAGAAUUUUUCGAGAGAAUAAUUCUAUGCAAUAGUCUAGUAUGGUCAUGUUCAAUCACUGGGAGAGCAGGCCUCACAUUUCAAGAGGCAGUAGAAUGCGAGGAGAAAGCUCUCAAGAAUCUAGCCACUUUCCCCAGUUAUCUACAAAGACCCAUAUUAUACCUGGCCAGUUUGACCCACAGAAGUCGCCUCAAUGACAUGAAUGAUGACAUCUUUGUCUUUGCCAAAGACAGAUACUUCAUCAACGAGAUGGUUGAAGUGAUGCUUGGCAAUGAAAGGAAAACCUGCAAAGUAUUGAGAGUAGUGUCUCCUGCAGCUGUAGUCCCUGAAGUGAAUGACUGCAUCAUCAUUGACUCAGAUGAAGAGGAGGAAGCGAGCUCCAAAUCUAAAGCUGUUACCCUGAAGGCUGACCAGUACAAAUAUGUUGUACAGGAGAGAGGAAAAAGUAACAUCACCAUCACAGUGCCAGCCAAACAUGUCAGUCGCAAGAAAGGAGUGUAUACACGAGAUAAGAGUAAGCUGUAUCUCAAGCAGUACUGCGAGUCUGUGCACGGAAUCUGGACUGUCAAGGCUUCUGCAAUACGGAAAAAAGGACUGAAGGACUGUUCAUUCUCCGACUUCUUUGCUGGUCCCCUGCCUGCAUUUGGUUUCUCUGAGAGCAAGAGGAAAUCGGCAGGACGGAAGGAGGAAGAUGACGCUGUUAAUAGCUCAGAUGUGUCAGGACUGAUCUCAUCCAAAUCACCAAAGAAAAAACGGGAGGAGAAAAAGAAAGACAAAGAAAAUACAGAAAAAGCAUCACGGAAAUCUGAAGAGCCUGAGAUGCCUCGGCUGACCAGUGAGGAGAAGGCAGCCAUUAAGGAGCAGUUUAAGCAACAGAAACUAGCUGAAAAAAUGGCACUAAAGGAAGAAAUCAAGAAGAAACGACAAGAGGAGAUGCAGAAAAAAAAGGAGGAAAGGGCUCUGGAAAAAGCUAAGCUAAUGGAAGAAAGGAGAAUCCAGGCGGAGAUUUAUAAGGAGUGGAGUCGACAGAGAGAUGACCUGGAAUGUGAUGAUCUCAAGCCCCUGCCAGAGUUGAAUGCUAUACAGACGCGUCUCCCGAGUGGAUGUUUUGGAGACGCAAUCAUGGUUAUCGAGUUCAUCAACUGUUUCAAGUCUCUAUUUGAUCUGAGGGAAUAUUUUCCUAAAGGAUUUACAUAUGAAAUUUUGGAGAAGGCACUCUUGGAGACAGACCACAAUGGCUUGUUGACAGACAUCCUGCUGAUGAUGAUGUCAGCUGUCUUCACCCUACAAGAAGAAGAAGAGGCUGAGGAGGAGGAACUGUCUAAGGAGGACAAGGCUAAUCAAGUAACAGGGAUGGAGGACUUGGAUGAAACGAUGGAUAUGGAAGACAUGAUGGACACUGCUACAGUGUGUGCCCAGAUCCCACAGCUGACACAUGGGACAACUCUGAGAAAACUUCCCUUGGAUUCUUUCACUUUAUCGGAGAUAGUUCGCCUACACAUCCUGGCUUCUGGAGCCAAAGUCAGUGACAAGAAUGUCAAGUACCGGUAUCAGCAGCGGGGGGGAUACACCUCAUUGGACGAUCCGGGACUACAGUUCAGAAAACAGGAACCUGUACUCAUGAAACUUCUAGCAACUGACAGUCUGUUUGAUUUACAGCCAACUGAUAAACUCAAAGUCCUCAAUCUGCUGAUCCAACAGUUUUUGACAUAUGCUGCCACCAGGGACACACUAGAGGACAACUAUGAUAAACUGAGGCAACUCAAAUACGACCUACGGCAUUUACAGUGGGCGGAGCAGAGACGGGAAAAGGAGGAGUUGGCCAUGAGGUACAAAAGGAGAAUGGAAGAAAGGCAGCGUGAAAGAGAGAAGGCAGAACAGAAACGGCAGAAACGGUUGAAGGAGAUCGAGGAGAAGAUGAAGAGAGAGGAGACAGGGGAAAGUGUUGAUGAUGAUGUAAAGAUCAUAGAAGAAGAGGAAGAUGAUGAUGAAGACACUCACAUGACAGAGGAAGAGAAAGAAGCUCAGAGACAGAGGGAGGAGGAGGAAGAUGCCAAUAAGAAGGCAGAGUUUGCAUUACAAGAGCGACAGAUGAUUGACAAGGUUCUCAGCCUCCAGCACUCCUGCUCCCUGGCCCCCCUUGGGAGAGACCGCAUGUUUCGCAGGUACUGGGUCUUUCAGUCCAUCCCUGGGGUAUUUGUGGAGGAUCAGGAGGAAUUUGUGGAUGAAAGGGGCUGGGAGAUUGCCCCACAAAAAGUUGCCGUACCCGUAGUAAAACCUGCAGAGAAGGCCAUGUCAAAGAAACCUGAAGAGCACUGUAAUGGAAGUGAUAAGGAGAACGAGUCAUUCAAUUCCUCCACUGCCAAUAACAGUAUUAACACCAGUCUAAAUCCAUCAGCAGGAAAUCCAAACAACCUGGCAAAUCCAUCAGAAUUACCUCAAAAUACUCAGGACAAGAUUUUGAAUGGCGAUGAAAUGAUUACAAUAAGCGAUGAUGAAAACUCCAAACCUUCUUCUGUUAAGGAGGUAGGAGAGGAGAGUAAGGUUCUAAUACAAAUAAAAAAUCACAAGAAAAACACCUGGAUGUAUUUAAAAAGUACCGAACAGUUUCAUGAAUUAUUAAACUCCCUCAAUGAAAGAGGAUUUAGGGAAAGUGCUCUGAAGUCAGCUUUGUUAGAAAGAAAGAAUGUGAUUCUGGAGAAUAUAGAGAGCUGCCCCACAAACACACUAGCUCUGUCUGUCUCCAUAGGGCUGGCAAUGGAGGAAACUAGGUCAGAGUCCCCAUCAGAGUUAACAUUUAAAUCAACACGAUCAGGACCAAAGCGAACAUCCAGGGGACUGAUUAAGAAUGAUAGUGCUCAGGAGAUUCUGGAAAUCAACCUCCGGGAAUUGUUAAUUGACUUGGAAGAGAGAGUCCAUGUUGGAGGCCUAGGGAAAAUGAAGGUGGCUGAUCGCCAGAUGUGGAGAAGUGCUAUUGAGAAGGGAAGCUAUGAUCCCCAGACUGAUGACCCGGUCUUCCAGAGGCAAGACAUCAGCUUUAGUGAAGGAGAUGAAGAGAAGUCCAUUUCAUCUGAAGACACCAGGGAAUCAGUGGUAAAGGACCUCUCAAAGGCCCUCUUACAGGUCGCUGCGGGAGUCGAACUCAGAUUCAUGGGGCCCCCAUUAGGAAACACUGUCAAGUCUAAAGCUGGAGCGAAGAAGAAGGAUGUCAAGAAAUUAGAGGAUGGUGAGAGCGAAGAAGAGGACAGCAAGCAGGAGGGCCUUGUACCAGAGAAGACAACGAGAGAGCGCUGGGAGGACUCAGUUUUAUACUGUUCUAGUCUGGCCCAGGUCUUCCUCCAUCUCUCAACGCUGGAAAAGAGCAUCAUCUGGGCCAAGUCUGCGCUGCAUGCUCGAUGUAGGAUCUGUCGACGUAAAGGUGAUGCUGAACAAAUGCUUCUGUGCGACAAGUGUGACCGUGGACAUCACAUGUACUGUCUUAAACCCAGACUCAAGCAUGUCCCCAAAGGUGACUGGUUCUGUCCAGACUGUAAACCCAAAGAGACUAAGAGGAGUCCCCUUAAACAGCGGCGGAGGACAUUUACUGAGAAUGAAUCUGAGGAGGAGGAGGAGGAGAUGGAAGAAGAAGAGGAGGAGGAGAGUGAGGAAGAAGAGGUAGAGGAGUCGGAGGAAGAGGAGGACAAUGUCUGUGCUGUGUGUAGUACAGGCGGGAUGCUGGUCUGCUGCGACACCUGUCCCCUGGUCUACCACUUGGACUGUGCCAUCCCUCCACUGAAAAAGGUUCCUCGGGGGAAAUGGCAAUGCCAGUUGUGUACUGGGGUCACCACCAAAGGAAAAAUCAAACUGCCCAAGUCUAAGGCUGGCAAAAAGAAGAACCUGAUCAAAAGUACACCAAAUUCUAGUCGAGCGUCGUCCAGGAAAGGAAGUCCACGUGACAGCCCAGUCACCGUCAGGCCUGGAAAGAAACGAGACCUGGAUGACACUGAUGAUGAUCCCGUACCUAAAUCACGCAACAAAGGACGACCCAAGUCAAAACUGUCAGACAUUGUUAAUGGAGAGGAAGUCAAGCAUUAUGUCAGCAGUUCCCGUGGCAACAGCAAAGUUCAGAGUUUAAAGGUUUUACAGGAUAUUGUCAAUGAUUUGGUGAAGCAUGAAGACAGCUGGCCAUUCCUAAAGCCAGUCAACAAGAAACUGGUACCAGAUUACUAUGACAUCAUUGCCAUUCCCAUGGAUUUCUCCACCAUUCGUAACAAGCUGAAUAGUUAUGAAUAUGUUGAGGUGUCAGAACUUAUCAGUGACGUUAGACAAAUAUUCUCUAACUGCUCCGAGUACAACAAAAAAACCACCACUGAAUACAAGGCUGGGGCAAUGCUGUCCAAAAUAUUUGAGAAGAAAAUUAAGGAUGCACAUUUGGAAAGAGACUUUUGCGAACCGCCACCCAGUAAACGUCAACGUAAACAUUAAUUAUAGUUAUUUGAUUGUAAACAUUGACGGUUUCAUCCGUUGAUGAACUUUAUUUAUCUUUGUUAGAAUUGUGAUUGUAGAAAUCAAUAAAUUAUUUCAAGCACUUUUUAAAAAAAAUUCCUUUGAAUGUGAAUGUGAUACAUGUACUUAUUUUCAUUUCAUUCAUAUUUAAAACUAUUUAUGUUGCAUUGUGUGGUAUCAUGUUUGUAAAUAUGGUAUUUGUGAAACAGUUCCAUGUACGAAAAUAAAUCUGUAAAGAGGUUUA